AUGACGGAACUAGCUUCAAUACCUGAAAAUGAAUUGGAAGCACCUGAAAGAUCUUCUAAAAUUAAAGGUCUUAGGAAGCGUGUCAGAUCAGUAGGAAGCAAAGCAAAAGCUAUUUGUAAGGUAACAGUUAACGCGAUGCGCACCCAGCUCAACACAGUUGCAUCUAUUUUCACCAUGUGCUCUGCAAACACUGUGACAGAGGAAAUACCAGAUGAAGUCAUCUAUGCUUCGGUCCCCUCUAGGAACAACUCCCGUGUAGAUCUGGCAGAACAGCCAGCGGAGACUAUUGCGAGUGAGCCAGCUGAGACGAGUGCACCUGUACCAGCAGAGACUGGUGCAAGUGAGCCUGAGCUAGCACCUGCACCUGCAGAGGUAACAGAGGAGCCAGCAUGCAUUGCACUAGCAGAGCCAGUAACGCACACUGAGACUGCUCUGGUCCCAGUAGAAGCAGCAAGUGCCCAAGAGCCCACAGUUCCAGAAGAGACCGCAGAAGAAGAAGAGACACACCUUCCAAAGGCGGCUGCUAAGGACGACAUCUCAGUGGUUUUCUGCCUCUCUGAGUUUAUCCGCGAAAUAGAGGACAUCGUGAAAAACACCUCUCUUAUGCCAUGCGCCUCAUACGCCCCGGGCAUUAUACUCUUUUAUCUUAAGCAGAAGAGAAACCAUCUGCACGAGCAACUGAAGCACAUUGAGCUUGCAUUUCAUACUACUCCAGAUAGUGCUUCCCCUACUGACAUGGACCAAGAUGUAGUUAAGUUUCUCGUUGCUGAGGCCCUUGAGCCUACAGAGUGCAUAAGCCACUGGCUUUCGUCUGAUGAGCCACUGCAGGCAGCAUACACCGACCUAUACAAGACGAUUAUAAAGACUUUGUUUGAGGAGAACAAGCAGGGAACAAGAACAGAAAGAACAAUUGUCUUCUACUGCCAAGCCCUAAAGUACAUCAGAACCGUCCUAGACCUUGCAUUGCAAGACGUCGAACAGGAGCCUCUAGACCAUUUGCCAGCCCCCCAUCUGUUCACAGACCUUCUGAGCAAUCUUUCCAAGCCAGAGAGCGUGGCUACUCUUCUGGAGGCUAGAGUGCAGCAGGCUGACGCAGAGUGCAACGAGGAUCUAGAUAGCGAAUACAUAGCAACUGACGGGGAGGAAGAGCACAAUACCACAGCGGUUCCAGAUCCAGCUGCCAUGAUGGAAACUCUCAUGACAAGCCCUCUGUUCCAGAAACAGCGCGAAAUGAAUAUUUUAGAAGGAAACAUUGUGGAGGACUUUUCACACACAUGCACUCCAGAGAUGCAAAAACGCAUGGACGCAGCACUGUCCUAUAUCAUGCACGUAGGUGUCCCCACUCCAAUUGCAAGAUGCCUAUCUCCAAAGAACAUAUAG